CUCAGCUUCAGCAGCCCCACCUGAUCUGCUCAUUCCGUCUUGAGACUCGACCGUUUUGUGUAACGGCAAAAGUGCGUUGAUCUCCGCGAAUAGUUUCAGUCCAGGCGAAAUGCAACGGACGUCAUACGUCCAAAGCCAGAACCUCGUGACGGAUAAUGUCUCCGUGGUGGAGGGAGAGGUCGCUACCAUCAGCUGCAGAAUCAAGAACAAUGACGAUUCCGUCAUCCAGCUCCUCAACCCCAACAGACAGACCAUCUACUUCAAAGACGUCAGGCCCUUGAAGGACAGCCGCUUCCAGCUGGUCAACUUCUCGGACAAUGAGCUGCGGGUGUCCCUGUCCAACGUGUCGCUGUCGGACGAAGGCCGCUACGUGUGCCAGCUUUACACCGACCCUCCACAAGAAGCCUACGCCGACAUCACCGUCCUGGUCCCACCAGGCAACCCAAUCAUCGAAUCCCGAGAGGACAUUGUCAGUGAAGGGAACGAGACAGAGAUAAUCUGCACGGCCAUGGGCAGCAAGCCCGCGUCCACCAUCAGAUGGAUGAAGGGAGACAAGGAGCUACAAGGCAAGUCGGAGGUGGAGCUCACGUACGACAAGAUGUUCACCGUCACCAGCCGCCUGACACUCACCGUCACCAAGGAGGACGACGGUGUCCCCGUUGUCUGCAUCGUGGACCACCCGGCCGUUAAGGACUUCCAGGCACAGAAGUACCUGGAGGUUCAGUAUAAACCAGAGGUGAAGAUUGUAGUGGAGUUUCCUGAAGGGCUGACAAGGGAAGGAGAAAAUCUCGAGCUGACUUGCCAAGCCAAAGGCAAACCCCAACCCCAAAAUAUCAACUGGGUGAAGGUUGACGAUGAUGUCCCAUCACACGCUGUGAUAACAGGCACAGACCUACUCAUAGAAAACCUCAACAAGUCCUACAAUGGAACAUAUCGCUGUGUGGCGUCCAACUCAGUCGGCGAGUCCUAUGAUGACUACAUCCUGUAUGUUUACGAUGUUCUCACCACCACCUCUAUACCCCCAACCACCACCACCACCACCACCACCACCACUAGCCCAACCACUACCAUCCCAGCACCCGCCCAAGACGCCGCGUCCAGCACAGAGCCGGCAGCUCACGACUCAAGGGCGGGUGAAGGCACGUCCCCCUCCGUGGACCACGCGGUUAUCGGGGGUGUCGUGGCCGUGGUGGUCUUCGCCAUGCUCUGCUUCCUCAUCAUCCUGGGUCGAUAUUUUGCAAGACACAAAGGUACUUAUUUUACACAUGAAGCCAAAGGGGCGGACGAUGCCGCAGACGCUGACACUGCCAUCAUUAACGCCGAGGGGGGUCACAACAACUCGGAUGAGAAGAAAGAGUAUUACAUCUAACGUCGCUGGCCUGCGGUGCCCCUCGUCGGGCCCAGGGCUGCUUUUAGGGGUGGGGGGUGGGAGAAGGUGGGAUGGGUUAGGGUGGGAUUGAGAAUAGGAUGGUUUGGGCUGGAUGCGGGGGGAAAGGAUUCUGGAGGACAGAAGGACGUCGUUCAAUCUGCGCAGCAUGAGAGGGGAAGAUCUGUUAGACCAUGUGACCCGGGGAGGUGGGGGGUGGGAUGGGGGUUGAGAGCGAGAGAGACGUUUCCAGAAAUCACUGUAGCGUGCUUCAACAUUUAGACACCUCCCAAAACAGCUGGUACAAAUUCUGUUCACUUUCGACCAUUUUUGCAGACAAUUCUGUGCCUUGUUCUGAAUUUCUUUUAAUUUCUUUCUUUUUUUAUAAUUUUUAAGUUUCUAGUGCCACCUCCCACCGCCCCCUGUCCUCCCACGUUCCCCGCAGCUUUCCCUUUGUCUACAUUUCAUUGGCUUUUCUAUGAGGGUAAAAUCGCACAGUGGCCCUGUGCGUCCAUCCCCAGCGAAUCAGCAUUCCUCCCUUUCCCGUACAUGACCAUACCGAAAAUGUUAUAUAAAACGCACUUCUAUACUGUGAGUAGGCCUUGUAAGUACAAGCUGCCUUCCAUCUUUUCCACCCCUCAAGAAUUCCCGUCACCAUGCGGUUUUCAGUUUUCCUUACGAGGCUUCUUCCCUGUGAUGUCAUCAGACUGUAGGUGAGAGACAUAGUCAAGUCAAAAUAUCGACAAACAUUUUCCCCAUAAAAAACAAACUUGAAUUCUUUAGGGGCGAACACAUGUAAAGAAAGGAGUAGAGGACCGUCGAUCCUUAACAGUCAUGUGCAUUGCGUAUGUUUUUAUUUUUUGGCUCCUUUUAUUCAACAAUCGAUUAAAUUAAUUUUCUUCUGCCAUUUGUUCAGCUUAUUUUUUUCGAAUGAGAUAUGCCAGUACAUCAGAAUUAUAUGUCCAUGGAUGUGCCACAACUUAAUUUCUAUUUAUUUAUUUGUUAUUUUUCUACGUUUUUGUUUUUUUGUAUUUAGCUACCAUUUUAGCGCCUCUUUCGGUCGUGUGGCGGUAACAUUCCACCAAGCACAUUCGCUGACGGUCUGUGCCGCCGUUCCCCGACGUUUACUGUUCGUUUGAGCCAGGCCUUGCGAACUCUCAGCUCAAUCCGGCCAACAUCUGCUGCCGCUAAAAGCGUUCACUCUGCCUCUAUUGCAGGUGACAGACUUAACUUCUUCAAACUCGGCUUCGAAAAUCCUUCCCCCUGCCCUCAACACAGACACACUCACCAAAUGUAGUCAAGCACUAGAUGACCCCUCGAGGGAUAGAAAUCCCAGCCCCUGGAAUGAAGGAUGUUAGUCACAUUUACCUUGCAUGGAUUGAAAGGUUUGAACCAUUGUCUGCAUAAGCAGUAAAAUGACGGGACAGUGAGUGAUGCAUCGUAAAGUCCUUUAAGUAGAUUUAAGUAUGAAAAUACGUAAAACACUAGAAGUCCCUAGCUGUCUUUAUGUUCAGUAUGAAGGAAUAUCCUCUGGAAUUUUAUGCUUUACAAAAUAAAGAAAUACCGUUGCUUUAAAUUAGCCAUUAUUAAAAAAAGAAUAUCUAAAGAACAGAAUUUCAAAUUUCCAGAAAUACCUGUUGUGAUUACAGCUUGUUUUCUUCCUUUUUCUUUCUUAUACUUUAUUUGCUGCCACAUGGUUUUGUACGUUAGUAUAUGUCUGGUAUUGUAAGUUAGGAAUGGCGAGGAUGAUACCUUUUCAUGUGUGACGUAAUGUUUCAUCUGUAUAAUUAGUGGCUGCAGAGCUGACCUUAACAUACAUCUUAAAUAGCUCACUGCAGUGUCUGGAGCUCAUUUUGUUCAACAUUUUAGAUUGUUCUGAACUCAAUACUCAGUACUCAGUUCGAUAUUCUUUUGUACCACCAGCUAAAAGUCUGGAAUACCUGUGUCCAGCAUCACCCUCCAUGCUGAAACGAUCACAGAAUAAGCUCCUGGGUGUAAUUUGGAAGAACAAACGCCAUUUAUUGUGUUUUAAGAUUCCCGUCGCAUACGCGUGACACGUAGAAGAAACAUAGGAGUUGUGUCAGAGAUGGGGCGGUAUCGCCGCUCCUAAUGGCCUCACGUUCACUGUGCUGCAUAAAAGUUUAUUUACCGCUGGCAGAAAUGCGUAUCGAACUGUCGAACGCGUGCGCACGGACCUGUUAUGUUCUGCGACAUUUCAGAAUUGAGUUUCUUUUUCCCUCCUGUUUGUUUGAGGGUAGAAAUGGAAAGCGGAGCAAAAUUCGAAAAGCCUGUGUUAUGAAUAAUUCGGCAGCUUUCCACUUAUUUUUAUUUUUUAUUUAUUAUUUUUAUUAUUAUUAUGUUUUACUUUGCUGUGCUCCUCUGCUUUUUAACAUGGUCAGCAAAUCAAGAAUAUUCUGUGGGGACUAUAGCCCCCCUGCUUCUGUGAAUGCUGCACUAAGAUUUAGGCGUAAGAGGAAAUGUCUUCAUAACUACCUUUGGUUUCGAAGUACAGUACAUCUUUUUUGAAACGAGUUAGCCACCGAAGCAGCGAAGUAGACGAGCAGUAGACGUGUUGCUCGAGGGCAGCCCAGUCGAUCUUGGGGAGGAUCAGAAAUGGGAAAGAAGAAAUGUUGAGGUUAGGUGUGACAAAAACGCAUAUGUUCUAUUGUAGGAACUACAUAUUGGUUUUUCUCUCUUCAUUUGUGGCCUGAAACAAAUCAUGUAGAAGCUAUGAAGUUACAGUACUUUCAAUUAAGAUUUGAGAUGACGUGACUUGUAUUUAAUAGUGAGCAUUAUUUAGCUUUGGUCAAGUGUGGCGGCUUCUAUUUAAACUGGAUACUCUGACAACAUUCUCAGCUAUUUGGACAUAUUUGUUCAUUUUUAUUUUUUAUUUUUUAUUUUUAAAACGUAUGUGGAUAUUAUGAGACUUAUGGAUUCACUCAUUGAUGUAGAUGUUACAGAUUGGGCCAGUGUAUAUUUUGUUAUACUUGGUAUGUCGAGCCAGUUACUGGUGUGUGUUGUGUGGUUUUGAACUAUAACCACUGUCAAGGCCUGAAAAUCACUUUGGCCAGGUUUUAAAAAGGGGAGACCAUAUCUUUUAUUGCAGAGUUUAUACAAUGGAGCACCUCGACAUUAUCACUACAAGAAUACAACAGAUCUUAAUGAGGUGUUUGCAGUUGUUUUUCUUUCAUUUAUUUUUUGUCUAUUUUCGUCAUCGAAAGCUGGACUCAUUCAUGUUCUUUUUUUUAAAAAAAAACAACCCUACAUUGUUCACACUACAAUUAGUGCUACAGUGUUCCUAAAAGAGUUUUUUUUCCAUUCAUUUUCUCUUAUUUUCGACCUUUCCACAGGUCAUGUCCAUCGAGCGGUUUGUUUUGCCUCUCAGGUAGAAUGCAAAAUUUUAAGCCCACAAUGUUGGAAAAAAAAUAUAUAUAUUAAAAGUAAAUUUUGUUUAUAAGGAUCGAGAAACAAAUGGCAAAUUUUGCAUUUUAGCUGUGCGUGUUUUAUGUAUUUUCUUAAUAUACAGUGCACUGUAUAUGAUGUGUUAAGUAUUUCUUUGUAUAGACCUAGUUCACAGAGAACGGAUAUUCAACUUGUUAAGAGAUGUAGGGAAGAACAAACUCGUUGCGCUACAAUCAGAGUAAAUGCUACAUGUCACAACAGGUUUGUUGAUGGUUUUCAGUGACUCCCAGGAAGUUUGGUCUUUCAUCACUCAUUGUUUUAGGUUGAUUAUUUUGUCUUUCUGCUGUACUUGGCAAUGUUACUGUGUAUUAAUGAAGAAAAUAUCCAUAUGUUCCCCAUACACAUUUUGUAUUGGUUCAUAAAUAGACAUUUUUACAAAAAAAUACUGAAGAGUUCUUGUCUUAAUAAAAAAAAAAGAUAUUAAUGUUCAAAAUAA